AUGGUAGAUAGCUUAAAGGCCAUGUAUAAUGAGUAUGUUAUAGUAUUUCUUUACGCUUUUAUUCAUAUUAUCAUAGAUAUAAUAGAUAAGAAGCUUAAUAUGCGUUCUCACUAUACUCAUGUUAACUUACCAAUAACACGAACUAUAGAAAUAUAUGGAUAG